AUGAUGGAUCUGAUUGACGUGAAAGUUGAGAAUGAAAAAUUGUGGGAGAAUCUGUUUCCGAACAACGAGAUGAUCGCAAGCAAAGAAGGAAAAAAAUUGUGUCCUGAAUUGGCUUAUAAGGUUGGACAACUGGAAGAUGACGAAUAUUACGUUUUGGAGGUUCACAUGAAACGAAUUACUGAAAAUAGAUAUCGUUUUGUGGAAAACGAGUGGAUAAUGUUUCCGGAUAAUCGACAUCCUGUGCCAGAAAUGAUAGUGCGACAUCCCGAUGGAUGCCAAAACGGAAAAUUCUGGAUGGAAAGGCCGGUAUCGUUCCGAAUGAUCAAAUUAGUCAACGAUCCAACGUGUAGAAAAGAAUUUUGUAUCCCCAUCCAGACAUUGGCUCUCUAUUCUCCGAUUCUCAGAAUCACCAAAAUGAAUAAGCCGUCAUUACUUGAAUGUGGCGUCGAGAUUCCAGUUGAGCAACGAAACUUCAAUUUUCUCAUCACGCAAUUUUUCACGGGUACCAGCUAUUCGAACUCCGAAAUUCGAAAUCUGAAAGUGUGUCUCAAUAAAUAUUCGCGAGGUGUUCGUGAUGCGAAAAUUCGAAGAGGCAAUCAAAAAAUGAAACUUCUCAAAGAAAAACACGAGGCUAAAGGUGAUCAGCACGUCUUGCCGUCUGCUACGAACCCGUACGAAUUUGACAGUCCAGUUCUGCCAAACCCACCAGGUCCCUAUCAUCCGUGCUCGUCGCAGCCUCACGUUGAAUGUCACACUCCUUAUUAUACCAAUUACGGCAUGUAUAAUCCAACUUCUCCAUAUCAACAAUCGUCUCAUCCCUAUGACCAAUCAGGAUUUCAUCAAGAUUGGAACAUUUCCGGGUUUGGCACUUCGCCAUUCGCAAAUAAUCACACAAGCAUGCCACCAUAUUAUCACUCCAAUUCCUUCUAA